AUGUCCUCGUUCUACGACGAAGACGACGAUGAUGCUGGAGAUUAUUCCUAUGGAUUGGACGAUAGCAACGAUGGUGAAGCUAGACCUACAGUUGUGUUGAUGGGACAGAAAAGGAGUGGAAAGACGUCGAUACGAAAAGUAGUGUUCCAAAAAAUGUCGCCAAAUGAAACACUGUUCGUUGAAAGCACUGCCCGCGUUACCAAAGAUGUGAUAGCCUCAUCGUUUAUAAAUUUCGAAACGCUAGAAUUCCCUGGACAAAUGGACCCUUUCGACAGUUCACUCGACCCUGUAGCAACAUUCAAACGAUGUGGAGCAUUGCUGUUCAUCGUCGAUGCUCAAGACGAAUAUGGAGAUUCCUUGAAGAAAAUGUCGGAGAAUUUCACUCAAGCCUUUCGAAUCAAUCCCAACAUCAAGUUCGAAGUGUUUAUACACAAGGCUGAUGGGUUAACAGAAGAAAGCCGCGUCGAUGCUCAAUACGACAUUUAUCAUAGGGCUGACGGCUUAACUGAAGAAAGCCGCGUCGAUGCUCAGUAUGACAUUUAUCAUAGGGUGAAGUGCGAGCUAGCGGAACAGGGAUUGGAAGAUUUCAAUGUAACAUUCCAUUUGACAUCCAUCUAUGAUCACUCAAUAUUUGAGGCGUUCUCGAAAGUGGUACAGAAUCUUGUGAAACGACUUCCCACACUUGAGAGGCUUCUGGACAUUUUUAACCAGGGUUCAAACGUCGAAAAGUCGUUUUUAUUCGAUGUAGCUUCGAAGAUUUAUAUAGCCACCGACACAACUCCGGUGGAAAUGGCAGCCUAUGAGCAUGUUUGCGAUAUGGAUUGGGAUGUUAUAUCGACAUAUCUGGUAAUCUGUGGCGCCAAGGAGAAAGAUGGUGAAGUGAUAAGCCCUUUUGACGAUAACUCAUAUGCUGUCAUCCGACUCAAAACUGACCAGGUAAUGUUCCUUCGUCAACUGAAUAAGCAUCUGGCGCUUGUCUGUGUUAUACGUGGCGAGAACUUUGAGAAGCAAGGAUUGAUCGACUAUAACUUUAACUGUUUUAAAGAGGGUAUUGAGAAAGUGUUCAUGGUACGGAAGCAGAUUCAAGAAGAGUCGAAACAUUCCUUGUAG